AUGGCAGACGACGCCCCAGUCACGUCCGCCGCCUCGGAGCCCGAUACCACUUCCCCGCACCCCUCAACCUCGCCCACCACCACCAUCGCGACCCCAUCAGGGGAUACAGACACCGACAAGCCCUCACAGGGCAGGUACAUCUCGCCUUACGAAGGCCCGAAUUCCCUCACGAGCAUGCAUGAGCAUUACGUCAUGCUCGAGAAGAUGUGCUUUCCGCGCCGGAGGAGGUUCGAAGAGAUCGUGGGCUCGGGCGAAGACGACUACAAGACCCGGAAAAAGAAGCACUACGAAAUGUGCGAUAACCUCCCUCCUCUCCCGGUGCCCAAGCGCGCGCGUAGGCAACGCCCCAACACUCCAGAGAGAGACGAUGUCAUCGCCUACCCUCCCCCAGCAUAUUGGGAUGAGCUGAAGCGCCAAGAACGCCUUACCAUGGCAAAACAGCUGCUGGAGCAAGACCCGCUCGGCUUCCAACCAUGGAUCGACUCGGUGCUACCAGGAUUCCUGCGCUUCGAGUUCGUAGGCGCUGGCGACCUCCUCGCGCCUUGGCAGCUCGAAGGUUGUCUGGAGCUGGUGGAGAAGACGUCCUCGGCUGACUACAAGGCCUCAAGCUCUGGCUGGAAGCCCAAGGAAAAGAAGAAGGAGAUGUCCGACCCCAAAAUGGUUUACUUGCUUCUCACACAGGUCUGCCAGCCGCCUAAGGUUGAGGGCUUCAUCUCAUUCAUGUUCACGUUCGACGACCCACCCAACAGUUGGCGUUCCGUGGUCUACAUAUACGAGGUACACCUGGAUGUUGGCUUGCGCGGUCGCGGUCUAGGCAGCAAGAUGAUCAAGUUCGUCGAGCUGGUGGCCGAGGCGAACUUGCACAUGAAGACCAUGUUGACGGUUUUCAAGACGAACAAUGCGGCAAAGGAGCUGUACGAGAGGCUUGGGUAUAGCAAGGACGUCUCCUCGCCUGCCGAUAAGGUGGUGAGGCGGAGGAUCAUUGAGGCUCAGUACGCAAUUAUGAGCAAGCGGGUCGUUGAGGCGAAGUACACCAUCAUGAGCAAGCAGCUGCAGUACGAGUACUGA